AUGAAGAUGUCGACCAAGUCCUCGCGGGGCCGUGUUCGCCACGUCCUCCCGAACCUGUACUACGGAAGAUGGGCCGCCGGGCCGCUGAACUCCAUCACGGACGUGCCUGGCGUCUUGGUGCACACGCAGUCCAUCGAGCCCGAUGGGGACGUGCACACGGGCGUCACGACUAUCCUCCCUCGCAAGGACUGGAUGGAGUACUCGACCUUUGCUGCCGUCUUCCGCUUCAACGGCUGCGGAGAGAUGACGGGCUCGCAUUGGCUCGACGAAACGGGUCUGCUGUGCUCGCCCAUCGUCAUCACGGCGACGUCGUCCGUGGGCGAAGGCUACCGCGGCGUGCAGGAGCACUUCUACCGCCGCCGCCGCCGCAGCAAGGAUGAGUUUGAUGGCGGGGGCGUCGACCUGUUCAUGUUUCCGCUCGUCGCCGAAACCUUUGACGGCUUCCUCAGCGACCCUGGGCGAUUUGCCGUCACGGCGCGGCACGUCAUGGACGGCAUCGACAAGGCAAGCCCUGACGCCGUCCCGGAGGGUAACACGGGCGGCGGCACCGGCAUGAUCUGCCACCGAUUCAAGGGCGGCACCGGAUCGAGCAGCCGAACCGUCCAGGGCAUCGGCGUCGACGGAGGCGAGACGAGCUUCACCGUCGGCGUUCUCGUGCAGGCCAACUACGGAUUGGCCGAGAACCUGCGCAUAGGUGGCGUCCCCGUCGGCCACGUGCUCGAAAGGGAGGGCAAGCUCCCGGUGGAACGUUCCGGGGCCAGGGAGCGACUCAAGGACGGAAGCAUCAUCGUCAUCAUCGCCACCGACGCUCCGCUCGUGCCCAUCCAGCUGCAGCGCCUCGCCAAGCGCGCGACCGUUGGCCUGGCCAAGGUGGGAGGCUACGGUGCCAACACGUCGGGCGACAUAUUCCUCGCUUUCUCCACCGGCAAUCGCAUCCCGUCGCAGGUGAUGACCUUGAGCGGCGAAACGGCGGUCCAUGCGGAGAAGGCACAGGAGAGGAUGGUGCGGAUGACGGACAACGAUUCGAUCAACGGCCUGUUCGAGGCGGCCGCCGACGCAACCGAGGAGGCCAUAUACAACGCCAUGUUCAUGGCCGAGUCCAUGACGGGCUUCAAGGGUCGACGCGUAGAGGCGUUGGAUCUGGAUGCGAUCAAGAAGAUUGUUGAAACAGGAUUGUCGUCAGGGAAAGAGUAG